AUGCGGGCUGGGAGCAGGCUGGCCAUGCAGGCCGUGUGCGCGCCGCGGCCGCUCCGGGUCAUGGACACCCCAGCUCACCAGCGCGGGAGAGGAGAGCCGCACCCGCCGGGGCGUGGGGGCGGAGGGCGCGCCUGCCGGGACGUGGGGGAGGAAGAGCGGCCGUGGCCUCGAAGACGUAGCGCCAUGGCCUCCGCCGCCGAGUGCCCGGGGCCUGUGCCAAGCAGAGGAGAGGGCGUCGUGGCCGCACGGCUCGCCGUCGUCCCGCGCUCGCGCCGCCGCCAUGGCCACCGCGCGGCAGGAAAGGGCACAGUCACGCACGCGGGUGGGAGGCGCGCCUGGCGUGCGAAAAAAAUCUCCCCAACCUUAUCCCUUCCCAGUUGCCGGUCCCACCGCCCACUCUCUCCCCCGUUCCCCUUCCCUUGCUCUCUCUCCUCUCUCGGCGACGGCGGCGGAGUACGGCGGAGCGCAGGACCAUGCUGUGACGUCGACAUUCCGCGGCGGCGAGGACGCGGGCGAGCGCGAGCAGCGAGAGAGGACAACGAGCGCGCUCCCCUACGGUCGCCGGUCUCCCUUCUCCCCGCCGCCGGUCUCCGGUCUCCCUCCUCCACGCCGCCGGCCUCCGGUCCCCCUCCUCCCCGCCGCCGGUCUCCGGUCCCCCUCCUCCCCGCCGCUAGUCGGCCGGCCGCUCACCUCCCCGACGGGCAGCUGCUCGUCUGCUCCCCUCCCCGCGCGGGAGGCUGGGCGCCUGCUCCUGCCGGUGGCUCCCCCGUUCGCUGGGCGGCUUGUCGCCUGACGCCUGCUCCUGCGGGUCUGGGUUCCUGGGCUGCUGAAGAAAGGAGAGGGCUUCAAGUAAUUUCAGAGGAUGCAGAUCUUUGUGAGGAGCCCCAGCGGCAGGAUGAUUUCCCUCGGAGUCUACCCUGAUGAAACAUUGCAUGCUAUUAAGCAGAAGAUUAUGGAAAAACACAACCUUGUCUUUGAUGGAGUGCGGAUGGACAAUGACUAUGCUACAUUGGCUGACUAUAACAUUCAGCAUCAAUCCAUGCUUGACCUCGUGGAGAAGAUGCAAAUCCACGUCAAGGAGCCACUACAAGGCUUGACCUUCA